AUGGAUAAGUUAAGCAUGAAGGUUGAUUCUUCAAUUGGAGGAUUUAGUGAUGUAGAAGAUGUUGGUGCAGAAAAUAUGCAUUGUAUCAAUGAUUUUCCUUCCUAUGGGCAAGAGUUUGGAAAUGAGCAAGUUGAUUUUGUUGGGAAUUAUAAUAAAAAACUAGUUGCAAGCUCUUCUAGCAAAGCACAAGGAAAACUUCCAAGUCAACUAGAGAAUCCUAGAGAACAUUGCAAGGCAGUGAUCCUAAGGAGAGGGAAAAUUGUGGGAGAUGAAAAGAAAGAUGAGGUAGAAGAGGAAAAUAAUAAAGAAAAUGAAGAAAAGAAUGAAUCUAUUUCAAAUCAUGAUGAAGUUAAUGAGGAAGCAAACAAAAAGAAGAAAGUUGAAAAAGAAGAAGAGGAAAAGUAUGUGCCUCCACCACCAUACAAGCCACCAUUGCCAUAUCCUCAGAGGUUUCAGAAAGCAAAGCUAGAUAAGCAGUUUGAGAAAUUUUUGGAAGUUUUGAAAAAGUUAUACAUUAACAUCCCAUUUACAGAUUUGAAGGAUCCAGAAAGUUUCUCUAUUCCUUGUCACAUUGGGGACACUAGUAUUGACAAAGCAUUGUGCGAUCUUGGAGCUAGUGUAAGUUUGAUGCCACUCUCCAUUUGUGAAAAGUUGAAGGUAGGAGAUUUGAAGCCCACCACCAUUUCUUUGCAACUAGCUGAUAAAUCUAUCAAAUAUCCAAUAGGAAUUUUAGAGAAUGUGCCCUUAAAAGUUGGAAAAUUUUUCAUUCCUGUGGAUUUUAUGGUUCUUGAAAUGGAAGAAGAUAAUCAUAUACCUAUCAUUUUACGAAGGCCAUUUUUAGCCACAGCAGGGGCUAUAAUUGAUGUAAAGAAUGAUGAGAAGGAAGCACCACAGGUAGACCUCAAACCACUUCCAUCUACAUUAAGGUGUGCUUUUCUUGGACCUAAUUCAACUUAUCCUGUCAUUAUUAGUGCAAUUCUGAGUGAUGUACAAGUUGAAAAAUUGUUAAGAGAGUUAAGAGCACAUAGGAAAGUUAUUGGUUACACCAUUGAUGAUAUCAAGGGUAUAAGCCCUACCUUGUGCAUGCAUAGGAUUCUUUUAGAAGAUAAUUUUAAAGCCACCAUAGAACAUCAAAGAAGGUUGAAUCCUAAUAUGAAAGAGGUGGUGAAGAAAGAAGUCUUGAAACUACUUGAAGCUGGGAUCAUUUAUCCUAUUUCUGAUAGUAGUUGGGUUAGCCCAGUUCAUGUAGUUCCUAAGAAAGGAGGUGUGACCAUUGUGAAAAAUGAAAAUAAUGAGCUGAUACCUACUAGAAUUGUCAUAGGGUGGAGGAUGUGUAUAGAUUACAGGAAGCUUAAUAGUGCCAUUAGGAAAGACCAUUUUUCCUUGCCUUUUUAUUGA